AUGUUCUACAACAAAAUUUCAAUGGUUGAAUUUGCAAAGCCUUCAAAUAAUUCCAACUCUAAAAUAACAAAGAAACAACACAAUAAUGUCCAAGUAAAAGUAACACGUAUUGAAACCAAUGAUAUCAAUCCACAAAUAUGUAAAUUACAACCCUAUGAAAGUCAAUUCUACAUUCAAAAACCAAUUAAAAGAAAUAAGAAACCAGACGAAACUAGGAAACCUUCACAAAUGAAUAAUACCACUAUCAUUACAUCACCACCUCCACCACAAUCAACACUACCAACAAUAUCAUCAACAUUAUGUGAGUUAAAUCAUGUUGAUGGUAGUGAUUAUCAAAUGACUGUUAAUAAUAAUCAAAUAAUGACUCAAGCAAAGAGACCAAUUAUAAGGACAUCAAUUUCAAUAAACGAACUAUUAAAUUAA